AUACUGGCCAUCUGACUUUGAUCAAAUUUUCCAAACACUGUAAAUUCUCAGUGACAACACCAGAUGGAGCUAAAAAAAAACCCCUUUUAUUUCGGGAAUUUUAAUUAGAGAACAAUCGUUAAGAAGUAUUGUGAUUGAAUAGAGAUUCCUUUAUUAGACCUAACCUGGAGCACAUCGCAUUGACCAAGUACAUGAAUGUAAAAGGUGUUCAAUGAACUCAUUUAAAAUAUACACAUAUACUUCCUAUUUCUUCAAACUGAACCAUCCCACUGACCUGGAAGUGAAUGGGGUUGUGAAGAGAUUUCAUAUGGACCUUGCAGAUUGAACAUGGCUGAAAGACGAGGUGAUUGUGACCCCAGUUGGGGAGAUGGCUAGGACCUCUCAUAAAUAUGCAGAUCUGGCUCCAUUGACAUCAUUGGGACCCAAGUAUCAUUUUAACCCGCAAUCUACUAAGGGAAAGCCUUCCAGGUCAGCGUGGCGGCAUGUGGAUCCGGGGCCAGAAGAGGGUGAAAGGCAGAGAAGACAUUACUGAUGAGAUGCCUGAACUGUCAGAGAUAGACGAUGCGGAAUGGUGUGACUGGGAUGAAGAAGAGCAGAGCCAGGGACAAGUGCAAAUUCGUUGCCUAUUUUGUGAGAGGUUAUUCAGUUCAGCCGAAGAUACUUUUUCUCAUUGUAGAGUAGAGCAUCAGUUUGACAUUACUCAAAUAAUCUACAAGCAUCGUCUCGAUUGUUAUGGAUUCAUCAAGCUAGUUAAUUUUAUUAGAAUCACAAACCCCUCUGCAGAAUCUUUUAAGGCCAUAUUGGACCAAAUCCCUUGGGAUAAUGAAGAAUAUAUGAAACCACCCUCCACUGAUGAUCCUUUGCUCCAAUUUGAUGUUGAUGAGUUCUGGGAGGAUAUGGAGGAGCAAGCUUGUUCAUCAGAACAGGUGGAUGUGGAGAGCCAGGCCCAAGCAGCCCAACUCCAGCGCUUACAAGGAGCGGAGAAGAGAGCCGAGGAGGCUGAAGCAGCUUUUGAAAGGAUUAUGGAAGACUUUGAAAAAAUGAGACAAUAUGUGCAGGAUUUCGUGAUAAAUGCAGAUGCCAGAACUGGUACAUCAACCACAAACACUAUAGCAGACCUGCAGGAGGAUGAGGACAGUGUCUACUUCAGUUCUUAUGGGCAUUAUGGCAUACAUGAGGAAAUGCUAAAGGACAAAGUGCGGACGGAGAGCUACAGGGAUUUCAUGUACUGCAAUCCACAUAUUUUCAAGGACAAGGUAAUUUUGGAUGUUGGAUGUGGAACUGGGAUCCUAUCCAUGUUUGCAGCUAAAGCAGGAGCCAAGCAUGUGAUUGGAGUUGACCAGUCUGAGAUCAUUUACCAGGCCAUGGAUAUUGUAAGGGAAAAUGACCUGGAUGGUGUUGUCACACUCAUUAGAGGAAGGAUUGAGGAUGUCGAACUUCCGGUUGCUAAAGUGGACGUUAUUAUUUCAGAGUGGAUGGGCUAUUUUCUGUUGUUUGAAUCCAUGUUGGACUCAGUCAUACAUGCACGGGACAAGUACCUGACGGAAGGCGGUGCAGUGUACCCCGAUAUCUGUACUAUUAGCCUGAUAGCAGUGGGAGACAGGAAGAAACACGAUGAACGAGUAGCUUUCUGGGAGGACGUGUAUGGCUUUAAGAUGUCCUGUAUGAAGAAGGCAGUGAUCCCAGAAGCUGUGGUCGAAGUGUUAAACCCUGACACCCUCAUUUCAGAGCCCUGUAUCAUCAAGGCAAUAGACUGCAACACCGUGGGAAUUUCAGAUCUGGAUUUCAUCUCUGAAUUCUCGUUGAAGAUAACAGAAGAUCACGAAUGUGUGGCAAUUUCUGGCCACUUUGAUAUUUCAUUCGAGAAGAAUUGCAGUAAUAAGGUCAUGUUCUCCACUGAUCCAGGGAGCACCCAAACACACUGGAAACAAACUGUGUUUCUCCUAGAGCAGCCGGUCUCAGUGAGAAAAGGUGACAUCUUGCAAGGGAAGAUUUCCUGUUGCAAGAAUAGAAAAGAUCCUCGGUCAUUGAUUAUAACAAUAUCAAUUAACAACAUGAAGCAAACAUACAGUCUGCAAUGAAGUUUCUGUCCUCCAGUACCACAAGCUCUGCAUCCAACUGUUCAUUAUGUUUGAGCAGUUCUGUUUCUCAAUAAGUGUGAUGGUUGGACAUUGCAAUUGCCAUUAAAGUAUAUCUAAAUGAA